CUAAUAAUCUAUUUCAGGAUUAAAAAUGAUUAAACUGUAAAAUAUCGGAGAAGGUUCAAGAAUGGGAGAUUGGGUCGAGAUAUUUGAGAGAAGGGAAGAAUGAGGAGUGAGGACUUAGUCCUGAAGUAUGUCCUACUCUGCACUUCAUGGGGCACAAAGUUGGUUUCCCCGACAGAUAUGUCUAACCCUGACUGUUGGUAUCCUGGCCGGGUUCUCCUUCUCCCUUCUCAUCCUCAAUGCCUCCAGCAUCUCCAGGAGUGAGAUGUUCCUUGGUCCUCCUCCAGCUAAAUACUCUCAGGAUAUACACGAUCACAAGGAGAUACAGAGUUUACCUGAGUUAACUAAAGAAAUCAUUCUUCAAUCACAUUCCUCUGAAAAAGAUAAUGAAUCCCUGGCUGCAGAUUUAACCCGAAGGGUUCGUGUUCUCUGCUGGGUUCUAACAGGACCUCAGAACCAUGUCACAAGAGCUAAGCAUGUUAAAGCAACCUGGGGAAGACGAUGCAACAAACUUAUAUUUAUGAGUUCUCAAGCAGAUAGUUCUCUGCCUGCCAUAGCUCUCAAGGUUCAGGAGGGGAGGGAUAGUCUUUGGGCAAAAACAAAACAGGCAUUCAAGUAUAUCUAUGAUCACCAUCUGAACGAGGCGGACUGGUUUCUCAAGGCCGACGAUGAUACCUACGUAGUAAUGGAAAACCUGAGAUUCAUGCUCGAACCUUACAAUUCUAGUCAACCCAUGUACUUCGGUUGCAAGUUCAAACCGUACGUGAAGCAGGGUUAUAUGAGCGGUGGAGCGGGAUACGUUCUCUCAAAGGAAGCGAUUAAGCGGUUUGCAACAAGAGGGUUGUCUGAUGACUCUGGUGUGAUCUGUAGAACGGACGGAGGAGGAGCUGAGGAUGUAGAAAUGGGGAAAUGUAUGGAGAAUCUCGGAGUUCUUGCUGGAGACUCCAGGGAUUCCUUGGGCCGCGGACGAUUCUUUCCGUUUGUCCCGGAGCACCAUCUCAUUCCUGGACAUAUGCCCGAUGAUUUUUGGUACAAGAAGUAUAUUUACUACCCUGUAGCAGAAGGUAUGGGGUGCUGUAGUGAUAGUGCUGUUUCCUUCCAUUAUGUGUCUGCGAACCAGAUGUAUGUUAUGGAAUACCUCCUUUACCAUCUUAGACCGUAUGGCAUUGAUAGGAAAAUAGAAAGAAUAGAAACCCCAGUGAAUGCUCCUCCAAACAAGUCAAAAUCUUAGCCCGGCAAAUUCUUCAGUUGAAAGGUUCUUACUGUCAGAUAAACAUUAAAGUUUUACAAACUUAAAAAAUGUUAAUUCUAAAACGAAAUUUUAUCCAGAGGCAAAAACGAACCAACCUUAUAUGGUCUCUUUUUUAAGUCGAUCAAAAAACAAAAAAAAUGGCUUUAAGUUCAAUCUUGAUCGUGUUUUUUUUUAUUUUAAUCUGAAAAUGUUGGUUCAUGUCAACCUUAAAGCAGUACAGUACAGUACAGUUCUCACAAUGAAAUGUACUUUGCGUACAUAACCCAACAGUACAGUACACCAACUAGAUGAAAGACGACAUGUCCUGCAAGAUCUAAAUAUUGAUUAAAUAAUCAUAACUCAUGAACGGAUUAUUUUAAACAAACCAUUUUUAUAAACGCACACAUUCCUAUCUUGCCUCAAAUAGAUGUUAAUAAUAAUAAAUACUAAAACAUAAACUUAAAUACUCUAAAUGUUAU